GAGGCCGAGGGCGCGGAGAAGGCCGCUCUCCUGACUCUAUUUCAGUCAAGUUCUUACGGGGUCUCAGUCACGGAGGCGGGAGCUUGGGAGGGCGCCGGGAAAUGGACUCAGUGACUUUCGAGGAUGUAAUUGUGAACUUCAGCCGUGAGGAGUGGGCUCUGCUGGACACUUCUCAGAAGGAACUGUACCGAGAUGUGAUGCUCGAAACCUUCACUAACUUGGCUUCUGUUGGGGGAAAUUGGGAAAACCAGAGCACUGGGGAUCAGUGUAAAACCCAGGAAAGAGACAUAAGCGCUCACAUAGAACAGAGACCCCGUGAAUGGGAAAGUUCACCCAGGGAAAUCGUCACCCAGGUUCCAGUUCUUAAACAGAAGAAUGUUCUCCCCGGAGUAAAACCCUAUGAAUGCAGAGUAUGCGGGAAAGUUUACUCAUGUUUGUCCUCUCUUAAAAGGCACACUCAGUGUCAUAGCAAGCAUACAUGGUGUGGGAAUCACAUAUUCGGAGGAACGUCAUACCAGUGUAAGGAAUGUGGGAAAACAUUCAUCUUUCAAAGUUCAUUUCGAAUACACGAGAGGACCCACACUGGAGAGAAACCCUAUAAAUGUAAGCAGUGUGGUAAGGCCUUCAGCUGGCCCAGUUCCUUUCAGAUACACAAGAGGACUCACACAGGAGAGAAGCCCUACACAUGUAAGGAAUGUGGCAAAGCUUUCAUUUAUCACACCACCUACCGAGGACACAUGAGGACCCACACUGGAGAGAAACCCUAUAAAUGUAGGGAGUGUGGGAAGACCUUCAGCCACCCCAGCUCGUUUCGAAACCAUGAACGAACUCACUCCGGAGAGAAACCAUAUGAGUGUAGAUGGUGUGGAAAAACCUUCAGAUAUUACCAAACCUUUCAGAUACAUGAAAGGACCCACACUGGGGAAAAGCCUUAUCAGUGUAAGCAGUGUGGGAAAGCUCUCAGUUGCCUCACGUCUUUCCGAAGUCACGAGAGGAUUCACACUGGAGAAAAACCAUAUAAAUGUAGAAAAUGUGGCAAAGCCUUUAGUUUCCCCAGCUCCUUUCGCAAACAUGAAAAAAUUCACACUGGAGAGAAGCCUUAUGAUUGUAAGGAGUGUGGGAAAGCCUUCAUUUCUCUGCCAAACUUCCGGAGGCACAUGAUAAUGCAUACUGGAAAUGGGCCUUACAAGUGUAAGGAGUGUGGGAAAGCCUUCGAUUGCCCCAGCUCCUUUCAAAUUCACAAGCGAACACACACGGGAGAGAAGCCCUAUGAGUGUAAACAGUGCGGUAAGGCCUUCAGCUGCUCCAGCUCCUUUCGCAUGCAUGAGAGGACCCACACAGGAGAGAAGCCCCAUGAAUGUAAGCAGUGUGGUAAGGCCUUCAGCUGUUCCAGUUCUGUUAGAAUUCAUGAAAGGACUCAUACGGGAGAGAAGCCCUAUGAGUGUAAGCAGUGUGGUAAGGCUUUUAGCUGUUCUAGUUCCUUUCGAAUACAUGAACGAAUUCAUACCGGAGAGAAACCCUAUGAAUGUAAGCAGUGUGGUAAGGCCUUCAGCUUCUCCAGUUCUUUUCGCAUGCAUCAGAGGACUCAUACUGGAGAGAAGCCCUAUGAGUGUAAACAGUGCGGUAAGGCCUUCAGCUGCCCCAGCUCCAUUCGGAUUCAUGAAAGAACACACACUGGAGAGAAACCGUAUGAAUGUAAGCAGUGCGGUAAGGCCUUCAGCUGCCCCAGCUCCAUUCGGAUACACGAAAGAACACACACUGGAGAGAAACCGUAUGAGUGUAAGCAGUGCAAUAAGACCUUCAGCUGCUCCAGUUCUGCCCGAAUGCAUGAAAGGACUCACACUGGAGAGAAACCCUAUGAAUGUCAGCAGUGUGGGAAGGCCUUCAGAUGUUUUCGCUCCUUUAGAGUACAUGGAAGAACUCAUAAUGGACAAUGAUCUUUUAAAUGAAAAUCAUGUGUUAAAACCUUCCAUUAUCACACUGCCCUUUGAAGAUAUGAAAAGAUUUUUGCUUAGAGAAACACUGUAACAAAAUAUAACUGGAAAACCAUUUCUCUAGUUGUGAAUCCUAGAAAAAACCCUGUGACUCUAUGUGAUGGGGAAGCCUUCAGUGGUUAUGCAACUUAAUGAGGCCACAAAGAUACAUAAGGGAAAAAUAAACCUGUAUGUUAAGUAAUGUGUAAAAGCUCUCAGUUUGCUCAGUUACCUGGAAAUCACAAACUUGCAUUACACAGUAGCUUGAUGAAGCAAGCUUGGGAAACCAUCAGUAGUCUGUAUCCUGGAAAACACAUGAAAAGAUUCACUGCAUAGGACCCUUAAGUGAAAAAUAAUGAUUAGUUUCCCAUCUUAGUGAAUGAUCACAUGAUACUCAUUUGAGAACUUGUGAACUCAUGAAGACACCCAUUGUAAAGGAAUCCUAUAAGUGUAGAUAAUAUUGGGACAUUCCCAUGUAAGUUUGUAAUAAAAUUUAAGAAAUGUAAAAUUGAAAGAAACUGUGACUCUGGACUAUAGAUUUCUGUUACCUUUGCUUAUGUGAACAGUGAUGUUAGAUUAUUCUGA